AUGGUGGCAGAGAAGCUUGAAGGAUGGCUGACCAUUUUAAGUAAGUGCCUUCACAGGAGACAAAUUUUAAACGGAUAUAUGUAUACCGGUACGAGUUAACUCAUUUUGAACGAUUUACUUCCCCCGUUUUAGCCGACGAUGGAGGCGAGUGGCUCAACCGGUUGUGUGUUCUGUUUUCAAGCGAAAAGAAACUAAGAACGUUCGUUGACGACAUAGUAAGUAGUGGCUGAUUUUGUUUUAAUUGUACGCUUUUGCUGAGGAGUUGAGUUGGUCUGAGGUCAUUUUUGCAUAUUUUUUAAGUGAUUAAUCUUUGUUUUUGUAUCUUUUGUAGGAAUAUCUCGAUUGUGCCCGUUUUUUGGCAGCUACCACUAAAAUCAAGUCUAAACUUUGCGAUUCUCCUGAACUUAUUGAGAAUCCAACUCAUGAAGGUAAGUUUUCAUUCACUUUUUUUGCAGGUUUUUAGAUUCCCUAUAAGUGCCUCUCUCGUUUGUUCCGACAGGCGGCAGAAUAUACAAUACUGUUUUUGUGUCAUUCUUCCCCUGUGUGGAGCCGCUGUAUCUCAAUAUAAAAAUGGCCUAGUGUUGGGGAAUUGUUGAUACCAAUUCGCGGGGAAACUUUGACGCUUGACAACGUCUGUCACUUUUCUUCCAACCGUGAAGCAGUUACAGAACUUAGGGCACUUGCGUAAAUAAACAUAACACCCAUUCUUUUUAAGGUAGUUCCAGGAUACACAAAGUGUUCCUUAAGGGCGUUAUACAGACGUUAACUAAUGCACAGUAGUCUUUUGUGGUAGCGAUUCCUUCAAUCGCAAGUUCGUCCUACGGUAUUUUGCCCAGCAAAUGACAUGUUGGCCAUCGUAAAACGAUUAUCAACCGGCGUUUAAAUAUGUUCAGUGUGGUUAUUUCUACUUUUAUGAGGACGAAUAAUCACUUAAUCUCAAAUUAUGCUACAAGAGAAUUUUGCUUUUUUUGAAAAUUAACUGUCAUGGAAUAAGCUGCCUUGUUUGAAAUACUGAUGACAAAAACAAAUUCUACAUAGAGCGAAAUUUCUUGCGGCUUCAAUGAGGUCUUUAGCAAGUCAAAGCAAACCGUGCCUUUGUUUACAUUUGCGGACUUAGAAAAGCGCUACAAUAGGCUUUGUUUAUGAGGCACUGUUUUAUAAAUAUUAUGAUAGCUGCUUGCAACGGAUUCACGAAAAUGUUUCUAAGAUUUAGAGGCAGUAUGUGCAGAGAAUUCUGGAAAGUCUUUCAAAACCAGGCACUAUAUAUGGCCUCAAAUGAUCAUUUAUGCCCGUGGGCUUUACGACCGUGUCGCCCCCUCGACUAAUUACUAUUGUUUCAACAAAUUACCCCUCUUUUACAAUUCCUAUUUUGAAGCUUUUGUCAUCAAGAUGAUUAAGAAGAGCCGGAGCACAAACUCAAGGAUUUUGAAAUUUACUGUUUCGGGAUUCUUGGUAAUGAAUUUUUGAUAAAAUUGACCCCUUGGCUAAUUUUUUUGUAAUUUUUUUUGGCUUUACCCUUUUUAAAAAGCGGUCCUAUAUUCACUUUUAUUCUCCCUCAGUUUUUCACUGAUAGCGGUUUUUGUACUCGCUAUUGUCGAUCGCGUUAAUGUGUCAUUCAAAGGCACCGACUGAACUAAAAUUCCUUUGAUGUUGCCGCCGCGAAACCAUGGCCGUUCACGUGAAGAUCUCUUAGCUGUUGUCCGCUGUUAGAUUCCCCGUAAAAGUUUGCAAGUAUUUGUAAUAUUAUGGAUAAAUGUUUAUUCUUGAUACUUUACAGAACGCUGACAUUUUUUGGCCAAUAUUGCUAAUUUUGUUUAUUCGGCUUAUGUCGUUUACAAUGGCCUUUUUUUCCACCUUGCCCGGCUCGACUAAUUGUUUUACGAAGUAUUAAACGUUUGUUUGUUUGAGUAAAUUCAUUAACAAAAGACUGAAAUCUGGACGGAAGACGAGGUUUCUAUGGUCAUUACUUCGCUGAAACGAAAGCGUGAUUAAAAAUCAGUUAUUUGUGUAAAAAUAAUGUGUAACGAUGUCGUGAAAUUUGAAUCCUGUUACUGACUUCACCUGAGUAGGCCCUGGAGACGAGUCACGUCACGUUGUAUUUACCUUUCCAGUACAGUGUGGGGAAAAAUCGUCUUUUACAAAGUUUAUUGAAGUAAUUUGUGCUUUUUCUCCUUGUGUGAGGAAUUUACCACAAACCGAUUUUUAAAAUAGAGACAACUUGCGAGCGAGAAUACGGUUGUUAAUUCAAAGGUCUUUAUUGCCUAGUUCCACCGCACGUGCGGCUAAACAAAUUAACCAAAGUUGUAAAAUAGAAUAAAUAUUGAAUGGCACAAAAAUUAAAUUUCGAUUCUGCGGUAUAUUAGCAAUUCUGUUUGUCGGUACAAUUUAAUGUUUUUCCUUAAAACUUGGGAAAUUAGCAGGAAUGGCAACAACAGUGACAUAAUAUUCUUGUGAGAAAAGCGACAUUACCCUAGGGCACCUUGUACUUUUGAAAGUUGUAUAAUAUCUCUUUUCCUCUCCAAAUAAGCUGACUUUUUAGAAUUCCAAAAUAUCCCUUGAGUUUGGUAUUGUGAGUUGAAUUGCGUGGAAACGAAUGUUUUGAAACAAAGUAGCUUGAAAACACCUGAUAAAGCACUGACUGUGAAGUUAUUGAUCAAUAAUUACUGGAAAAUACAAUUUUUAAACUCUUGCGGCGUCACUGUCUUACAGCAGAAAAUUUAUGUUAUUUAUUUAUUUUCUUUAUAGUAUGUUGCCAUGUUCCUUACUGGAUAUAUUUGUAUAUUUGUAUUUAACUUUUAAAUUCUAUGGUGAUGAAAGCAAAACAAAGAACGAGAAAAUUUAGAUCUACUGAAAUCAAUUGUUAAAUUGUUCUCUGACUUUCAGUUACACCGGGAUUUUCCUUAAAACAAGCUCUCAGCUGACAUAGAACAAAACACCUUUAUAACCUGACUAUCGUAGAUUGAAAUGAGUUUUAAUAACGGAGGUUGUUAUGAAAUUCAUUAUCUUGACUUCUGUGUAAAACAGUACAACCUGUCGCUGUUAGAGUGUCCCAAGUUCAUUUCCAUCGGUAGUAAUGUUAUUAAGAGCAGUAAUAAUUAAAACGAAUAAAAACAGAAUGGUUGGCUGAUUGCCCUCAAAGAAUUUUUUUAACUCACAGCGCUUGUAGAUUAAUUAAAAUCAAUUUAUUACCUUUGCCGUUAAAAUAAUUCUUUUCCGGUGGUCAGAUGAUGAUGGCCCAGCUUUCACGGAUCAGAGAGUUUAAACCAUCAUGAACAAAGUUAAAUUUCUCAUUUGAAGUGCAACCUGUAUCUAUUUUGGUAUUUGGAAUAAGCCAUUAAUGAAAUCAAGGCUGAAGGGACAGUUCGCUUUUUUUCCAGCUCACCUGUUAGUUAGCGGCCUCGCUCUCCGCCUUUUUACGACGAAUCCCCCACAAAGAAAGCGGUCGGAAACCCUUCAAAUUUAUUAUGUAAAAUCCGAAAGGUAAUUUCUUUUUUAUUGUAGAUCUUAGUGUAUUAUGUUUUUUUGGAACAACAAUUUGAUUGAAAACGGCGAAACAACAGAAGAAAGCUUUGGCUCUCCAUUUACGUGAUGCUUCUUAGAAGCUUUGUCAUGUCACAAAAAGGUGACAAUUCUCCGCUACUAAUUAUGGAUAAACUCUUUCCGUACUGGCCUUCUGUAUCUCACGUGAAACUCGUGUGAUUGCUCCUCGUGAUUUUUGUAGUUGUUACCUGUCCUAAAAAUAGCCUAAUUUCUAUAUAUAAUAAUGUACCACCAAGAUGGAUCUUUCAAGCACAAAGUUGAGAUGCAACUCUUCUCAAAGUUUAAAGAAAUUGUAGAGCAGGUUCAGAGCCACCUUAAUUUUUCGUAACUCACAGUUUUGAAAAUUCCAAUCGAUUUCGAGAGAAAGGAGACCAUACGGAUUUUUGAGUGAUAAGCACCACGGGCUGAAAUUUACGAUAAAUCUGUUGCUGUUGUAAAUUUGAGCAUAACGUGUUUGCCAAUAAUUUUUGGUAUUGUUUAAAGCGAAGUUCUUAUUUUAGCAUCGACUGGAAAAGACUAGUAAAUUUGAUUCGUCAAAACUUGAUUGCGAGUGCUUGAACAUGCUGUAAAAGGCAGCUUACAUGAAAUAAUUCUCUCAACAGUGAAACUAUAAACAAUAAACUGAGGUUUGAUAUUUAGAUGCUUGAAAUGGCAAUGGACAUUGUUAUUUGCUAACCCAUCAAUAGAUCGCUCUAAAAAUGAAUUAGAAGAAAUUGUCAAGUCUCACACAUACAAAAGAGCAGAAAUCUCAUAAGGGUUUGAGAUGCUAUUUAGGCAAAAUCUGGUUUAGGUCGAUAUUACAGAGUGAUUUUGUUCUAAAUUGUUUUUGUUUUCGUAUUACAUCGCUUAAUAUCAUGUUCUAAACUUGGGUUUUACUAUGGUUUAACUUCCUUUACAUUGUUUAUUUCGUCAAUUUGUUGUUGUAGGUCUUUCCCGUGUUCACCGUCUGCGUCUUUCACGCCGGUUUUUCUCCGAAGAUUUCUUGCAAGGAGGUCAAAAUGGCACCCGUUCUUCAAAGUUGAGUGUAAGUUUUCUAUUAAGGGAUUACUAAGGGCGUGUUCGAUCGACCAUACUCUGGAAUACUAAUAAAUGGAAUAAAUUCUAGAUAUCACUUAUUUUGGCAUUCAUUCAGUGCAUUGCAGAUAAAAAUAGUUCGCUCUAUGUAGCGUUUAAGUGGUUAAAAACUAACGGCACAAGAGAUUUGCAACAAAACUUUUGGAUCAUAUUCUUAUUCCGUAAUCGUCGUCGAACGCACCCUUAAUAACGCAUAAGAUAAGAAAUACAGAAGGGGUUAUUUUUCUAAGAAACUGGGCUGCUGUGUCAAUGGGGAAGUAGAACACUGCUAGCGGAAACAAAUACUUUCGUAGAGUGGUACCUUCUGGAAUUCCGCUAAGUGUAUCUGUCUUGGCCCGUGUGACUGUUAACGAUGCGGGAUUCUUCACUUGAAAUUCGUCUGUCUCCUUGCCCCAGCUCAGCUUUUUUUCUCUUCAACGCUUUCAACUUUUGACUACUUUUUAAUCGUUUUACUCAACGGUUCCAGGAGAAAGUGAGAAUAGAGGUUGUCUGUAUUGGCCAUACAUGACUCAACAAAAGAACAAUUCGUCAUAAGUUAUUUUUAGAUCAAGCUCCAAGUGCAUAGUUUUUAAGAGGGUAAGGAAAUUGCCAAUUACAUAAAAAUGCUCGGCUCUGCUCAUGGGUCAUCCAAGUGAAGAUUUAUCUCAAUAUCUAAUUUGCUGUUUGCAUAACCCACUUGGAAUUUCUCUGUCUUCCAUUCGAUAUGAAAAUAUGAGAUAUGUCUGGUGGAAACAUUGUGUUAUUUCUCGUGGGCUGCAAAACAGACACUUUUUAGUCAGUUGGUUGAUAAGGCUUUCGUAAGAUAUGAAGAAUUAUGCAGAUUUAGCAGAUAUAUAGCACCUCCGAGUUCUCCAUAAUUCUUCGUUUCGUUCUUAUAUAACUUACUUACUUCUAUGUUAAAAGUCCGUCUUCAAAGCUUUUAUCAGAUCUUGGCAGUUUAAGGAUAAAGGUGUCUGUUAUUCCAGAUAAUUUCAUAUAGCAGUUUAUAUCCGUUGAUUGGUAUUUUUGAGGCAGUAGUUCGGCUAUUUCGUCUUCCCAUAACGUGUGAAAUCGUCCACCAUUUUCCUUAGCUCUAUAUGCUCUACCUCUUACAUCCAGUCGAGUAAUGUACGAAUGACAUCAACUGUAAAUUAACAGCACAUUUUCGAAGCUGAGUGUACUGAAGUUAAUGUUAGGUGUCUUUGGACGCUAGAUGGACAAAUUGUUGCUUUUGUCGUUGUCUUAGCCCGCGUAGUAAGCGUUUCCGUGCGGUUUCGGAGCAAAGAACGAGAAAUGAGUGUCGGUCUUUCUUUGCUCCGAAACCACACGGAAACGCUUGCUACCCAGCCUAUCGUUGUCUGGAAGUAUAGCUGAAAAUUGGAAAAGUGGAAAGAUUGAUCGAAAUCUGGUAAAUUCCUCGUUUCUUGCAACGCACCAAUAAUUUUAGUCUCAUCGCAAAAUUAAAUUGACUUCUAAGGUGAUUACAGACUGCGUGUCCCCUGGAAGGAAUUGCUUACAAUUACAAUAUGGAAUCCAAUGCAGUAUACAAUGAUUCACUGCAGUGUCGUGCAUGCAGCGCAUACAGUGCUCAUAGUCUUAGAGACAGCCAUUCUGUCAACAUAUCGCUAUUAGGGACCUUAAUCAGAGACGACGACGACGGCAGUGAAAACGUCUCUAAACAUGAAUUUGCGUUCUUUCAAACUUAAUCGCGUCUAUUUGGACCCGCUCAAUAUGUCAAAUGCAGGCGACUUUUCCUGGAGUUAAAUUCGUAAGGAUUUUAUUCAAGUUCAAAAAGAGGAAGGAAAAUUCGUCGUUGUUUGUCCACGUUCUCCAUAAAACGUCAAAUUAGGAGGUUUCACGUCGUAGCGUGCAGUGGACGUCAAAGAAAUGUACUAAAAAGCGUGAUGCACGUGCAGAGCUGUUGUUUUGAUCAUUAAACCUAUUGUUUUUUGAAGUUGUCGUCGUCGUCGUCGUGUUAGUUGCUUAAGCUCCCUAAUCAUCCUGUUAGCAGAGUCUUCUCAAAGGUAUCCUCUGCUCGCAGAAAAGGAUCAACAUAGCUAUAUCACCUUGAUUCUUGGUUCAUCACAUCACGUUCCCAUGGGAAACUACUAAAAUAUCAAUAACUAUGUUUCUGAAUUAUUAUUUGACGUAAAACACCAAAGCAAAGUUCUUUAAUGAAGUUUCACUUGAAUGGUCACUCUUGCGGAUUUUUGUCGCAAAACGGUUAUUCUAACGAAGUAUCUCGUUUAAAGAAAGUAAGUGGACCUCCAGAACUUUUGUAUAAGAGUGGUUUAUUGUAAUUAUUAUGUUGAACUUCUGAAGUUCUAUGGUUUGCUCACCCUCUUGACAGUACAAUUUUCUUAGAUCCUGCAGUUGCCCCUAACGAUGUUUCUUUGAACAACUUUUUAACAAGAAAUCUAAAAGUGUGACUGGUUUGGUGGACUCUAAAAUUACCAAGGGAAUUAACGUUGCGUGUUCCCAGUUAAUAAUUUUGAUUCCAGUUGCAAAUUGCCUUUAAGCGAAACCAUUAUCUUUGGAGAUAACAGUGGUAAUCAUUGUCAGUAUUAUUGUGAUACAAGAGGUGUGUUCAGGAUGUGUGAGCUUAAAUGCAAAAUUACCAUAAUCUAAUUUGAAAGAAGCAUUGAUAUUCUUAAGCUCUCUUUUGUUGACUUCUACUUUUUGUUCUCUGCGGGUCAUGAAAAUUAUUCUGAAAGUAACUGACAGAAACAGUCUGUCUGAUAGUCUGAUAUUGAGCUGUAUUUACUGAGAUCCUCCGUGGUGACCUAAAAUGGUCUAACUUGUUUUGUUUUUGAUGGUCUCAGUUACCCGGGCUCCAGAGGUCCGUUCUCGAAGUACCUAGGAUGUAGACGUAAUCUGAUGAUGUAUUUCUGAUCAUCAAAAAGCCUUUUAUUUUUAUUGUUUAUAGGAGGAUUGAUUUUGAUUUUUGCUUCUGUUGCGAUGAAGUUUCAAAACAGCGCUUUUUUAAUCUCAGCAAUUGGACUAACCCUAUUUUUAAGCUACGUUGCUGAUUAUUUUCAUCGGUUGAUAAGGAUAUGUUUCUUGAAGGCCGUUAAAUAAGGCUGUACCCAGUACUGAAUUAGCGCACAAUUCUUCAGAACUUUCGUCACCGACUAUAACCACUUCCUUCCUUAACAAGCAAGCCAGUGAUUCGUAGCGUAACGCAAAAAUAGUUUGUUCAUUCAAACACCUUCAUUUAUAGAAGCUGCUGCCGUUUUGUCUAAUGAUCGAAUGAGAUAAGACAACAAAAGAAACAAGAAAGCGAACAUCGGAUGCCAUAUCAAUUGCUCACGGUCGCGGGCCUGGGGUAAAUUACAUAUUUGUCAGCAUUUUUCAUAAACAGGCGCGGCGUGAAAAUAUCUCAAGGCAAACAUUAAGAAGAAUUUGAAUCGCUUCAAUAGUUAAACGAGAACGCGUUAUCCUUUGUCCCUCCGUUUCUCUGCUUCGCCGUGCUAACUGCUGAUUUUUGUGGGAAAGGACUGUGAAAGAUUUCCAUCGAACUGACACUGCAUGUCUAAGGUAGGUAGUAGUAAAAAAUUUUCAAUAAAUUGCGCUCGUGACUAAAGAUAAUAACUUGACUUAAGUUUACUUAUUUCUCUUUCAAGUCAGAUCUAUAAAUUACAACUUCAGACACGUGACAAGGUGUUUUACAUUUGCCAAAUUCAGUUCGACUUCUGAGUUCGACUUUUGCCCUUAAAACGAGUUUUACUCAUUCGAGGUAAAUUUAAAUUGAGUAGCGAUAUAUUCGGGCAUUUUGUUUUAAGUACUGAUUUAAUGCAGGAUUGACAGAAACUUUUGAAUAUCGUCAAUUUUAAAACUUUGUUAUUUGAAGCAUUUGUUCAAGUAGAAUGUCCUCAUUUCUGAUUAUAUAUUACAGGUUAUGUCAAAACGAUGCCUAUAUUUGUAUCUUUUCAAAUCGAAAUGUAAGAAACUCACAUUGCGUUUUCUGACUGUAAUUAUUCAAGUUUCUUAUGAUAGCGGAAGAAUGCAAGUUGGGCCAAUAUCGCAUUGAUAUACUGCUUAAACGUUCUUGCGGUUUUCGACAAAAGUCACCCUCUGCGAUGUGAUCAAUGGGUCUGAUUCGGCUCCGCUUCGUAAAAGUCUUGUGGGUUUUGUUCGAGAAAAACAAUUAAAUCUUAGCAGUGCUUUUGCUCAAUGUGAAAGGGAGUUUAGGCGCCAAAAUUCAGCAGCUGUUACUUUAUACACCUUUAAGGGAAAGCUGCAUUUGCCCACAACCUUGAAAUGAAGGUAAAUUAAUUCUUUGUCAGCUCCACUUGCAAAAAACUUAUCAUUGCCUCCCUAUCAAUUUUAACAGGUUUGCUUAUACAGUUUCCGAUGCUUUCUAGCAUUUUCUCUCAGCUUUCUGAAAUGCGACUCAAUUGUUAUCAAAGUAUUCCGCCAACUCUGAGGGGUUAUGAACCAAAGUAUGUCUUAAUCAUUCCCAUGCCACAAUCUUAGUUAGGAAAAGUGAAAGUUCACAGUCACGGUACCUGAUAUAGAAAAGUUUCCGCUGGUUCUAUUUCUGAAUAGAGUGGGGUUAAAAAUAUUAGUGGUACUGCCAAACGAUUACUGAUUAACGAGGAAAAUUGUUUAACACAAAUUAUUUAUCCGUUGCAGGAUUUUUCCAAAAAAAUUGCCGAUGGAAUAAGGUCUCAUCGCUCAAGAAGUUUGUUUAUUCCAAGAAAGGUUAACAAUGACGACGGGUAAGAUCUCAUUGAGGAAUCAUGUACUUUAAUAACCUCACAUAUAUUGAUCCUUUCAGUUCCAGAAAUCCGCAAAGGUCAAAUUCGACAAAAUUUCCAAUUCUCGUUUUCUACUUAAUGCCGAAAAAGCUAACAUCACCUUGUGAGCGGGGAGUUUUCAUUUGAAUGUUCACACUGCAAGAUUUCGUCCACAGACUCAGAAGUUACAACCACCUUGCAAAACUCCGUCGUUCACACUUUGAGGGAAAGGGUCUAAAAGUUGUAGAAGUAGAUGACGUCUUCCCUUAAAUAGCUAAUUGUGAAGUAACUUUUCCUUUAAGUACACGUCUAGUUAGGGGUUCGGGGUUAACGGAAAGUUUACUCUUUUUGACUAUUUUCUUCAUAGGAAUUCCACUAAGUCUGUGUUGAAUGUUUUUAACGGUCUAUAUUACCAUGCCCAAUUUUCGCGUCUUUUCGUAGAAAAAACAUUAUGGUGAAGUAACGUAACCAAAAAUAAACGGUUAUGAAGGGUGUGUACAGAAUGUUACAGUUCUUGUUAAGUAAUUUCUCUGGGUUUUCGGCACAAUUUUGAGUGAACUUUCUGAACGAUCUAUUCCAUGCACCUUACUCAAUUUUCUUUCUCGUAUUGUUUAUUGAACCUCGUGCGAUAACACUGUUUGUCCUGGUCUGGAAUAAUUGGGAUAUCAAAAAUGUCACAGCAAGAAGUGCUUUGUAAUCUCUUUUUGAAUGAAGUAAUUGUGCAUAAUAAGUCAAAGAACAUUGCAUGAUAGAAUGGUAAAUUAUUUAAGUUAAUUGCCUUCAUUAAAACGCUGUUUGUGAGGCGACAUUAAUUGACCCUCCCCUCCCAUUGGUUGUUGAAUCUUUUAGUAUUUUUUCGUCUUUAAUAAACUGAACUAAGCGCGUAUACAAAAGCUGUGCAAAUGCCGAACAAAACCGGCUUAAUCCCUUUACAUUGUGAUUGCCCCAAACAUUAUUCGUUUGAGCGGGUGGUAUUUCAGAUAUGUUUGUAAAGUUCAAACGACUUCGUGUGGAACAUUUUGCUUGGAAAUGUUAUCUACGGUUGAAAGAGUCAAGCUGGAUAGCAAUGAGAAGUAAAUGCGGUAAUUGUUCUGACGGCAGAUGUAAUGGAUGACUCGCAGCUUCUAAAAAGUAUGCAGAUGUCAACGAUCUAUGUGUCGGAGGCUACCCAAGCGGUCAAAGCAAUCACACGGUAGGCCGCAGUCGACAAGCUGGUGUCGUCUCGGCUACGACCCACUCUAACGAGAAUCGGUUGCAUAGGCUUUUUCCUUCUACAAAUCGUCUUUUUGUUGCCAAGUCGCUGACAGCAUAGUUAAGUCAUUUAUAAUCUGGACCCAAAUUAGCUUUAAUUUAUAACUAAGUCUGAAAAGCUAUAAAUCAGUCGAAGAAAUUCCAUAUUGGCUGUUUUCUUACCUAGUGCAUUAUUCCAAUAUAUUUCGUAUAUUUUCCUUUGAGUUGACGUAAUCUAUAGAGUUAAGGCUUGAAUUCACAUGAUGCACUUCUUUGAGUCAGCCGGCGUGUGGACGAAAGGAUGUACAUUUAUGUUUUUACAGUGUUACAUAUGCUUUUCGUUGUUUUCAGCAUAUACUCUUAAAGCCAUACCAAUGGUUCUUAGAUAGCCUUUUUUACAUUCCGUAACAUUUUAACCCUACAAUGGAAGCAGUCUAUUACCGUUUUUUCUGCUGUCUAGAGCGCAUAAAGAAAGUUUGCUUACUUUGUUUGAUCUUUCAAGUUUUAUGUGGUGAUGUACUUGUGUGCAUCGAGCAAUUCCAGGUCUACAGUCAAAUAAAAUUAAUUUAUAUUCAUCCAUAAAAGUACAAGUUAACCUUGUAACUUAUAUCGUAAUACGAAGAACAAACGGUCAUGUAAUACUUUUCCAGCGCUUGGAGAACAUUUUUCUAGGUGUUCAAAGCUGAAAUGAUUUCUGCAGACAGAAGUGUUCCUAACUGUACCCCAAAGAAAACUUAGAGAUCAAGUUAUGCAUAAAUUAGCCAUUAUUUUGAUGGCUUAAGUUCUUAAAUGUCGCCGAUUCCAUUUGUUAUUUAAUUUGGCUCUAAUAUUUUCACCCAAUUAGCUGCUUGCGAGAAAUCAUUUUUAAUUUUAUCCCAUUCGUUUAUAAGUUAAUUACUUGAAUCAUUCAUCGGUCAUUUGGCCUCUACGACAGUUGUAUAAUUAUCAGAUAUUUGCGGUGACAGCUAGCUUACUGUUUGGUUAUUAAAGUGAGAGAUUACUGGGCCUAGUUUAGUGUGCGAUAGUUAAAGAACGGCGCUGGAUCAUUCUUUUAACUCAUCAUCCCUCAUUUUCUAGCGGGUUUUUAAGCGUUAGUCCACCGCCCAUAAGAUGGAGGUCGCAGGAGACAUUGGAUAGCAAAAUGAAAACAACAACUGUAAGUGAUCCAUUGUUUUAAAUAGUACUUCUAGAGCAAUAAUACGUUAUAUAAUGAAUAUCUACUAUGCGAUGAUCUCUGUUGCUGAGGUAUUGUAUGAAGUCCAACCGGUCUUUUACAUCAUUUAUAAACUCUCUGUGGACCCAGAGACGCCAGAGACAGUUAAGUGAAAUAGGCUUUGAAAAGUGAACUUUAGUGCGGGUAGCUUCGUUGCGCUGGAGUACGUUCUAGUUCAAAGCCACGUUUAUUUACUAUUGUAGCGUUAUAGCGAUUAAUUUGGUGUCCUAUGUACUGUAGGCCUUACAAACCGAGAUGUAGCUUAAAAAUAUGUGGUAGAAUUAACAGAACAGGAAGCAAAAAGAAAGAGAAACACAGAGAAUAAAUAGCUGGGAGAAGUUGACUGUUUGUUUAGUCAAAUUUCCUUCUCGUUGUGUCUUCCAUGUCGAACUGACUAUAUAUUUGAGACCAUUCAGAUACCUAAAUUUGAUCAUGUUUCUCACAAUAUCUAUGAAAAAAGAGCUUUUUUUUGGCUUUGAUGUUAUGUACUGGUUAAAUUCGCCUUUGCAUCCGUAAACAUGAAAAGGUAAUCUCGGAACAUUCUCGGAGCAACAUAUAGUCCGCAUAAGAUAUAAUUAUCAUUAAGACCUGUUAGUGGUCAUCAUUGCCAGUGAAAAUGAGGUUAGAUGAUCGAUUUUUUGCUCGAGUGAUUAUAUUUCGGAUUGUCGUUGCGCGAACCGUAGAACUUUUCCGAACAAAGAUUGCGGUCGUUACGGUUUUAAAUUCGCUGGACCAUUUUAUGCCCACACACCAAUGGCAAACAAACACAAUUAUAAAGGACAGAAAACGGUGCAUCUCUGUUCUUUGACGAGAAAAGAAGUAAACACAAAGAUAUGUUAUUAUUGGAGACUCACGCGAGCCUUCGGCCCAUAUAGGAUGAAGAAAUGGAAAAUUUACCUCAACUAGAAUAUAUCAAAAACAUGAAACAGCUAACCCUGAAAAGACCGAAGUGGACGAAUUUCGACAAUCUUUGUAGAAACAGCUUUUAUUUUUGUCCAUUCGUAGAAUAGAAGUAAAACUCGCGGUAAUGUUUGUUGUGGCGUGUCGGAUUUCAUGAUCGAUUGUUUGAACAAUGCACAGGGUGGACGAAAGAGGUCUUUUGUAUUCGAAUAGUAAUUAUAUUAAAUGUUGACACCCCGGUCAAUUUUUGUGGUACAUUGAAUUGCUGAGGGAUUAACAAAGAACAAUUUGAAAAGAAAUUUGACGUUAGGAACCCUUCAGCUUUUAAAAUUUCGGGGAUUCCUUUGUUUUGAAUGUUUCCAGGUUGGACAACGUAAGCUCUUUCUUUUUCGUUUGUGGCAAAAAUUGUAUUCAUUAAAAAAUCAUUCUGUUAUAUUAUGCCUCUAUUUUGCUGCCAACGCAGUGUCGGAAGAUAAAAGAAUUAAAGUAUAGUGCAUGAAACCGCUCCCAACUUAAGUUCUGCUGCCAACCAUAUUUAACUCCAAUGGGACAAAAAUCGACUUAAAGUUCUUAAAUUAAUUCCAAGGAAAAUGUUAUUCAGCAGUUUUUCACUUAGAAUGUCACCCCUAGAGGAAGAUGCUAUUUCAAUUAAAAAAAGGAAAAUAAUAUUGGAAAUGGACCCUCAUUCAGGGGUAACGCGCUUUAAAUUACUAUUACCUGAAAACAUAAAGACUACAUAAGGAUAAACAAGACGGUUUAGGAAUUAAAGUUGGAGUGAUAAUAACUCAGAAUUUUUCUCGCUAUUCCUUUAGUAAGUAAUGUUGCGCCAUUGUAUCUUCAAAAUGAAAAAACAAAAAGCAAACUGCGGUGAUAAACAUAAAGAAACAUAAGCGCAUUUCUGGAAAGAAAAAAAAAACUUAAACUUGACGUUUCGUAUGUUCCAACAUACCUCUUCAGAAGUAAUAAACCGUUGAGUAACAACAGAAAUUAAAUGUAGAAUAAGUAACUGAAACGUCAAGUUUAAGUCUUUUUUUUUUCCAGAAAUGCGUUAAUAUUUCCUUGUGUUUAUCACCGCAGUUUGUUUUUUGUCUCUUCUUAAGCUAAGAUGGCCAAAAAACAAAAGUAUCUACGGUGUAUCUUUGUUCGUACUGAUACACAUUUUGUUCUUGAGACGAGAUUGUUUGUAAGUUGUUGUUAAUUAGUUAAUAACGAGGUAGUUAAUUUCUAGCGUUAAGAGAUCAAGCCAUUACUUUAAUUUCUUAAUUUCGUUUUUAAACAGGACAGCGUAGACUUGUCCAUCAGUGGUCACGUGACUGUCCGUCCGAUCCAUCCCAGCAUUCUUUCGAGGCAGCACUGUUUUCAAGUAACCACGCCUCAUGAGACCAAGUACUUUUCUUGUCGAAGUUCCCAAGAGCUGGAAAAAUGGGUUGUAAGGUAAGCAAUAAUCAUUAUCUAAUGCCAUAAAGGUGUAAGGUGAAUCAGUACACGCGAAUAAACUGUUGACUGCUCUAUAGUCUGCUUUUCUUUUCUCUUCUUUUCUCUUCUUUCACUUUCCUACCAUUUCUUCCCUUGUUAUCUCGCCUUGAGUUACCCUAUACCCUCCAGUUAUUUAAAACAGCCCUCUCCAUUGUUUCUUUUGUCGGGGGUGGGGCUGGUGAGACCAGAUCCCGUUCCUUAGGAGUUCACAAUGUUUGCAAGCGCAUGUCACCAAUUAAAAUGGUACAUUUGUGAUUUUGUGAUGUUUGCGCUGAGGAUUAUUGCGCGACGAUACAACUGACUACUGCAUACGGUACACUACUAAGUAAAUUAUACCCACUCAAGCUAAACUGCUUGUGGAAUUACAUAUGCAGCGUAACAAGAGUGCUAUGUUCACGGGAAAAAAAUUUGCGGGUUGUGUUUUCCUAGAAAGAAGACUCUUCUACCUCUGCAUCGACCUCAAAAGUCUAAAGUGACAUAUCAUUAUGCUAAAAAGCUUAGCCAGCUGUGCUAACAAUGUCUAUACGUCUGCCCUUGACCUAUUUAUACAACUUCCUCUGAAACGUUUUGAUAUCACUAUAUUUUUCAAGUCCAUUAAAAAAAUUGAAAAAAUCCUUAUUUGGUAUUGCUACAUUUUAUACCUAUAUUUUUAUGCAAAUUUUCUGACGAUUUCCUGUCAUAAAUGAAACUAAAACGAGAGCUUUCUGAGGCAUAAAUAAAUUAAGGAAAAAGUUUUUCUGUAUUCAAGAUGGUAUUUUCCUGGUGUACUCCACCCAGAUGGAUACUUCCUUAUUAGCGAAACUUAACGUAACGAAAGAUGUUGACGUCAUUUGAAAAUAAACACGUCUCUACAGACGUGAUCAAAAGUAAUAGUCACUGUUUAUACUCAACCUGCGUGUGAAAAUAAGUUUAUCAGAUUGAAGAAUUAUUAACAUGGUCCGUUGGCAAAGGGUGUACAACAGGUAAAAUGCUUUGCUUUUUUUACCCUAAAAGACGCCAAUCUGGUUAAAUACCAUUUUCGAGUAACUUUUUGUGAAAGAACACUCUAUCGAAUCAUGAUGUCGUUAUCAUUUUUAUUUAAUUAAAUAAGCCAAGUUACAACUUUGUAGGCUUUGAGUUUUAACCAUUUCUGAGAGUAAACAGUAGUUUGUUUAUUCAUUUAUUAAUCUAUUUUGGUAGUUUGUCGUUUAUGUCUGGUUGCAGUUUUGAGAUACAUGUUGUGAUUCAAUUUUAUCCUUGGUGUAAUUUUAUUUCCCUUUGAUUUAAACUCAUUACCAUACAUUAUCAUACCCCAAAACAACGGGAAAGAUAAUUUAAACUAACGAUAAAACUGAACCACAACAUACACAAAGGGGAAGGCGUAAGAAUGUAUGAAAUAUAUUUUUUUAUUCACGUUUACACAAUUAUAUACAUUUCAUGUUUAUUUUUCUAUAUUUUUUCGGUUUCAUAGCAUCAAGAAAUCGAUCCAGCCGACCAGAGAUAUUCAGUACAGGACAGAUAUUGGUUUAACAGUGUGGAUCGUUGAGGCCAAGGGGCUAACGGACAAAUCAAAACGACGGUAAGGCGCUCAAAGAACGUUUCCAACCGGCGAAGCUAUUUCAGAUUCAAAAGGCAACGAUGCGAAUACUAGGUUCUCGCUUACUUGAAUAAUUUCAGUGUUCAAUUUAACUGAUUGACUUUAUUGUCGUUUGCAUCAGCUGUUUGACUAUAGUUGUUUACCGAAUCGUGUAGAAUAAAAAAUGUGCGAUGUAUAUAGAUAUAAUUCUUGUGUUUACGUUUGGUUUAUAAGUAUUACUAUAUACCUGUAACAUCAAUUAUCAUUUGUUUCCAGAAUUCUAGUUCUCGUUAUCUGUUACCGAAAGGUCAAUUCAGAGUUGUUUUGCCUCUAAGAAAUCGAAAAAGAGCUGGGAGAUUUAGCUUAUCGGAACUUGUUCCACAGUUAUUAAAAAUUUGCUCAAGCUCCACUUUAUAGUUCAAUUCUGCUUAGGGCGGUGUCCGUGACGUCAUGCUUCAAUUUUCGUGUUAGUAACGCCCGCUGAUACUUCCGUCCGAAUCGAUUAUCAGAGUCACGACCUUGUAAAACGACAAGUAAGGAGAAAAUUUGAAUGUGGUUUAUAUUUUAAAUGAAUGAAAUUUUAACGCGGCUGUGGUCUGAAAAUGAAGAACAUUUGGUCGUACAAUUUUAGAUUUUCAUUGUCCAUUUUUUACAUAUUCCGGCUAAUAUAAUUAUUGUACAAGUUGUAUCCUUAAAACUUAACACUUAACACGUAUUUCUUGUUUCGUUUCGUAUAUUUAUUUACUUAUUUUGAACUUUUAGGUUCUACUGCGAGUUGUUUUUUGACAAAGUUAUCUACGCUAAAACAUCGUCCAAGCCCAAGUCGGACAUUUUGUUUUGGGGAGAAAAUUUUGCCUUCAAGUGAGUAAAGUUUGGACUAACAGUGAUGAACAUCUAAUCUUUCUUUAAUGAAGGGUAGCAAAUUGCUCCUUUAUUUUGGGGAGAAAAUGUAAUUACAAGGAAAUAUAGUGGAGGUUCAACUGAUAUGAAAGUGACGUUAUAUUACGUGGCGUGACGCAACGUUACGUGAAAAGGGAAAUGGUUACCAAAAAUACAAUGUGCUAAUUCUGAAAUAAUUUUUUCAUUACUUUCAUUUUGAUUUCUUUUUCUAAGUGUUGCGUUUGAUUUUUAGUGAUUUACCUGAAGUAAAGACCGUAACGGUGCAAAUUUACAAGGAAGCAGAUGGCAAAAACCGGAAAGAGAAAAGAAAGCCUAUUGGUUAGUAUGGAAUUAUAUCUUUGAUUAUUUUACCUCGCUAAUUAACAUACCAGGUACAAUCGUACGAUCCCACGCUCGUGACAUGCUGAUUAUUUCAUCUUCACAUUUGUUCACCGAGUUUAAAAAAUUACCAUCUUUUAUUCUUUCGCCAUACAAUCGAAAGGUUGCGAUGAAUCAACUUUGUCAGUUUAUCUUGAAGUGUUUUGAAAAUGAGCUGCUUUUCGUUUUUCAUUUCAAAAGUGGCCUUAAAGUAAAGGCCACUUCUCUUCAACGGCCGCUUUGCGCUGCAUCUACAUCUCUGCAAAGAAGCUGUUGUGGUGGGUCGACUGUACUUUGCCUAUAUAAGUCUUACUUUUUCUAAUAAAACAGUAUCUUUGGGAGAACCCCUUCUUCGUGUAUGUAGAUGCUUCUUUUGUGCUAAGAUUAACUUUAAAAUUUUAUCCGUUAUCUCCUGAAGGAUCUGUAGAUGUAGCAGUGGACUCGUUGGAAGUCGGUGUUGAAGUGGAGAAAUGGUAUCCUGUUACUAUGGAGACCAGCAAGACAAAUGGAGGAGAAGCCCCGAGCAUCCGACUCAAGUUUAAAUACCAGGUAGCUUUUUAUUUUUCUUGGUGUUUUAGUUAGCGGUAAUUUUCCCGAAAAUUAUUUUCAAAGAGGCUUCUGCAUUGUUCUUGCUGCAUUGUUUGUUGCUCGUUUGUCUAUAAAGCCCCGUCAGUCCACGCUAAUGCGUUUUCGCAGGAGCCCAUAACCCGGAGUGUGCAAAUCGCACACUUAGCCUAUGCAGUGGCGUUUUCACAGAUCAGUUUAUUUUUAGCAUCAUUUUCGAGUAUUUUUCCCGCGAAGAUAGAAGCACCGUUCCGUAUGUGUACACAUCCAUACUACGAUAAUGACGAAAAGAAAAAGUAAAUGCUAUCAAAACAUCAGAAAUACUAUUUUUGCUAAAUGAUUUGCAAGACUUGUUUUAUAGUCAAAAUUCGCGACUAAAUUGAUCUAAAAAUAAACUGGUAUGUGAAAACGCGAUUGCGUGGCCAGAAGGGUCAGUAGCUCGCUUCGGGUUAUGGGCUCCUGCUUUUCCUUUGAAAACGCAGAUAUUUGGAUGCGUUUAGGCCUUCUGUCCACACUAUUACGCUGAGCGUUUUCAUCGGAAAUGUAUCGAGUUAAAAACGCUCUUGAAAGUGGAUCAAAACGAGAUCGCAUAUCUAUCGUUUCAGUGUGGAUGGUCGAAAAUGCAUAAAAAUGAAGACGAUGACCAAAAAUAUCGCCAGCGCGUGUGUUUAGCAUGCGCAUGAAGUUCAACUUACGUCAUACGUUCAGUUCUAUCGUUUUCGAACGUUUUAGUGUAUAGACAGUCGAAAACGCGUCAAAACGGUAGAGUGGACGCGAAUCGAUGAAUGCUUUUUGGAUGACAACGAAAACGCAUUCUUUUGAAACGCAUUUAGUAUAGACAGAGACUAAGACAUAUAUCUUAAGGUUAACAAUUAUUAUUUUUUCCUUCUAGAAAGUUUCAAUCCUGCCCAUAAAGUGUUAUGAUGAAUUGCGCGAGGUAAAACUAUUUGUUUCAGUUCUUUUAGUUCUAUUUUACUGUAAUGACAUAUUCUUCGUUUAAAAAGGCUAGGUUCCUUAAAAACCCAGCCCUCUAAUAUUUAAGUGUAUGUUUUAACAAAUUUAAAAGUCGGAAUGGUUGAGAUUUGGAGAGAAUUUUACAUCUCUUAUGUGAUGUGUGUUCUGUGUUAGUAUUUAGAGCGUAACUACAUGACAGUCUGCCAAGCCUUGGAACCAGUGGUCAGCGUAAAGCUCAAGGUAAUCGAUAAAAAAAUUAUAUUGCAUUUAAAUGAUUGCUUUUUGCUGAUGCAUUGCAAUUCCCCACUCGAUAAAUUGUAAGGGGAAUCAGGGGUAAAAGCCUUUGGCGCAACCAUUUGUAGGAUCGUUUGGGUGGCUUAUUGUUAGUUAUGAUUGGUCGAUGUUAUUCAAUACCACGAGUGAUAUUUGAAAAUUGUUACACGUAAUUUCACGAGCCGAUAGGCGAGUGAAAUUUGAGACAAUUUUGAAAUAUCAGGAGUGGUAUUUAUGCCAAAUAUCAGGUAAAAAAUAAUGUUGUUAAUUGUUUAUACUACUACACGCAAAAGGUUUGUAAUUUUCACAUGUAGGUAUUUCAAAUUAAGCUGAAAUACCACUGCUCUAAGCCAAUCAAAUUGCAGAAAUUUCUCAUGUAGUAGUAUACUAAGUAACGCUUGUCCACCCAAAACGAGCCCAAAAACCCUUGCGCCGAAAACUUGCACCCAUUCCCAUUACAUUUUCUGGAGUGGGGAAUAACGGAGUAGCGUUAGAACGUUAUGUCAGAUGAAAUGUUUGCUAUCAUUGAAUUCAUGAUUUAGUGCGAUUUUCAAGGUGCUUCAGUGCCCUUGUAUGGUUCACCAAAAAAAUGAAUCACCUAAGAUUAAUCAAUGCAUGAUUGUACGUGUAGCGUCUCUUGUUAUUGUCUCCCUUUUGACCAAAUAACCGCUUUUUCAGGACGAGAUCUCUCGAGUGUUGUUAAGAAUCCUUCAAGCUAGUGGCAAAGCAACGGAGUUUCUUGCAACUAUUGUUAUGGAGGAAGUCAAGAAUUUGGGUAAGCCGUAUGCCGAGUUUUAAUUCUUUUUGUUUUGCUUGUUCUAGUGAACUAUGAAAGUUUGCUUAAAUGGAUGUAUUAUUUUUUUGUCUCACAGAGGAUGAAAAUCUUGUUUUUCGCGGUAAUUCCUUUGCGACAAAAGCCAUGGACUCCUACAUGAAAAUGAUUGGUGAAUCAGUAAGUCGGCAGUGAUUUAUAAAAGUUAAACUUACCCUUGAAUUCAGCGUAUAUUUCCGUAUACCGGAAAACUGACAGAAAUAGUUUGAAAGAAGUCAAGACCAGUUUAAACAGAUAAAUAUUUAGCAACAUAUUAUAUAGACUUACUGAACAUUGGAUGUUCAGUGAAACUCCGCCAUGCGACCAUUUUUCUCUGAUCAGAGCAAGAAGUCUGGUCUAAAGUCUCGUUAAGAAACGGCCAUCCAUGUAUUCAUUUACGACAACUACCUUCUUAACUUCCCAAACGUUCUUUUCUUCACAAUCAAUUAAUCAACCAAUCAUUCAAUCAAUCAAUCUCUUGUAAGUUGUUCAGAGUACGUAAAUGAAUUUUCUCGUGAUAUGUGCCAAAUACAACAAAGGUUUUUCAUCCUAAGGCACAGAAACGCUUACUACACAAUGCAACACUACCCCGUAAAUAGGCGGAUUCCGCUAUUACGACCAAGUUUCAUGGACUAUCCGUGGUCUUGUUAACGGAGUUCCGGUAUGCGUAUUUUUAUCUGACAUUUGAUAUAAUUUUUUUUUUGUUUUAUUGCAGUAUUUGCAGGAAACACUCGGUGACUUUGUUCAGUCCGUCUAUGAAUCGGAAGAGGAAUGCGAGGUAAAAUAAUUGAAGCACUGUUCCCAACGACGAAAACUAUGCUAUGAACAAUGCCGGUUAACCUGGCUGAUUUCUUUAAAAAAGGACCUUGGGAUUAGUUGAUUAGUUGAGGAAUGAAAAAGAGCCUUGAAACCCGGAACGAAGAAAUCAUUUUUCUAUUGUUGGUGGGUUUAGUCUCAAAGCUUUGUGAUGACUACCAUAACGCAACGCUAAUAUAACGUAACAUAACGUAACAGUACCCACAUAACGUUACGAAAUUUGUUUAAUAGGUAACAAUUUCAAAAGUGUUCCGUUAAUACUCGGUAAAAGAUAGCUCCGUGUGAACUGCUUACCUUUGUCAGUGAGGACAAAAUCUAACACAACACUGUUCUUUUUUCUUAGAUCGAUCCAUCAAAAAAGACCUCCGGAAAUAUUGAGUCUAACAAGGAGAACUUGAAAACGUUUGUUGAGAAGGUCUGGAACCUUAUUAUGUGUUCGUCUUGCUUCUUUCCCAGGUAAAAAGUUUGAAAGAAAUAUGUUUUGUAACUAUUCGUGUAUGUGUUAGUGUAUCUCCCGUUUUUUUGCUGAUUUUGAAGAUGAGUCGCUUGUUUUGGUUUACAUAUACUGGAGGGUCCUGUAAUUUUAACGUUUAGACAAGGUAUCUUUAAAUAGCCGUGAAUUUGAGUAUUUGUCCACCAGCCCUGCGAUGUGAAAUGACUCAAGUUUGCUUUCUCUUUCCUCAGCGACCUGCGAACGACUUUUUACGAGUUCCGUCGUUGGUGCGAAGGAAGAAGCAAAGAUCUGAGUACAAAGUUAAUCAGGUUAGUUAUUGAAAAAACUUUUAGCUACUCUACCUUUCUUCAAUUCUUGGUCUCAAAACCUGAACGCGAAAAGAAAAUAAGGAUGUGAUACUAACAAAAACGUUUUUCUUCUUUCUAUGCAGUGGCUCCAUCUUUUUGAGGUUUUUAUGUCCUGCUAUUCUCUCGCCAAGUUUGUUUCAUUUAGUACAAGGUUAGUGAUUUUCGUUGAGUGUGAAGAACGUUAGUCUCUUGGCCUCGAUGAUCAGUCUCCCACGUCGCGCAAAGUGUUGCCUGACGAGACAAAAACGGCUGCGGGGGAGUCUAAAAGAAAGUACGCUAAAUUGACGGGAGUAUACCCAGUCUUUGCCUAGUAAUGAAUGAUCAGUUGAAAAACGUUCCUAUCUAGAUCAAAUGAAUGGUGAUAUGCUUAAUUGGCCUUUGAAUACCAGCCAUGUUUGGUCCUGAAAGGAUCCUUGCAUAAUGAGUGAAAAGUCGGAGAAAACGUGUGUUUUCAUGAAGGACUUAAUCUAGUGUUCUUUGUUUUUAGAAUAUCCAGACGAGAAAACAUCAAGAGCCUUAACUCUGAUUGCUAAGGUGAUGCAAAAUUUGGCCAACUUUACGAGGUAACGACAUUUUCCCAUACUGUCUUUUACUGCCGUUAAACUUUUCCACACUUACCUUUUUAGUUAGAGCAGGGUUCAACGUCGAACUUUACACCAUGUUUAGUGACUCUUAUGCUAGUGAACAAAAGCUAUUGUCGUCUCUCACUAGCAUUAGGUUCGUCCCAUGUGAAGUUCGACUUUUGACCCUGGACUUAGUCCCCUUGUUUGAUUUGGUGUGAAUUCCGAUGUGGGGGAAGGUGAUGGGGGGUAGGAGGUAUUCACCCGGGGGGGUACUCCCUAUAAUGGCCUUUAUGGAGAGGCUCCGCUCAAACGGGGUACGUUUUUCAGGCUUCAGGUGUAUGAAAGGAUACGGAUUUUACCAGUUGACGUGUAUAUAGGGGUAGGAAAGUCUGUCAUUUCGGUCUGUUAAAAAGCCCAAAAGGGCUAACAGAUACAUUUAAUGGCUGUGAAUAAGUCGAGAAAACGUUCUGGUUUUGUGAUUUACUUAUAUUUUAAAGACAGCGCGUUUACAGCGGUUAAAAGGGAUGCAAAGUUCUACGAAAGGGGUAACUUUUCUGUCCAAAAUGGUACAGCGUAAGCCGUUGGACCUCAGGACGGAGCCUUCCCGUAUAAAACUUUGUUGAGUUCUUCCCCGGGUGUAAGCCCCUAACAACACUCCCAAAUAUCGGCCUAGAAACAUCCUUAAAGAUUUUAAGGCGUCAAGCUGGUAUUUAUCGACAUGUACCGUUAUUUUACAGAUUUGGUGGAAAGGAAGAAUACAUGGGCUUCAUGAAUGGAUUCGUGGAAAAGGAAUUCGUCAACAUGCGCAGAUUUCUUGAUGAUAUCUCAGUAAGUUAUAAAUUGAGUAGUUGUUUCAUUAAACUAAAAAGAGAAAAGUUGUCGCAAAUAUCAGUACAACUGAUGAGAAUGCUGCUUAAUCAAAGUCGACAUUGUCAUGGUCGUUUUUAAUUUCAAGGGACACUUCGCUGAUGCAGAGAGAAUGAAAAACGUUAUUCAAGCACUUUACAUUUCUCGUUCACAAUAAAAGUUAAAAUUGCUUGGUUCUAAAGUUCGCCUUAAGCACGAGAUCAUCUCUUUCCUAAAGACAUUCCAGCACUAUGCCGACGUAAAUGAGUGAUUAUGACGUCUAAAAUCAGAUUCUGCUUGAUCACAAAAGAAAUUUACUUUUACAAGACUGCGAGCAGUUUCCUAUUUUCUUCAAAGUCACAGGGGCAGCACGCGUACGCGCGAACGGAUUUUUCGCCUGAACGCUUACUGUCGGAACAACAAACCCGAGAGAACCCGACGGAGCCAAGAGAAAAGGCGGACUGCAAGCAAUCUAACUUUUCACUUUUCGUUUUCUUGCCAACAGUCGAGGCCUGACACUAUUGAAAACCAAUAUGAAGGAAUCAUCGACAGUGGACGGGAAUUGGCUCUUAUGUUUAACAUCCUUAAAGAUCAGACCAGUACCAUGAACCAGGUUAGUUUGUUAACGUCUUAAUUUGUAUUUUCCUCUCUUACACUGAUUUUCUCCUGGCCUGCUAACGCUGACGUAUUUCCGGUCGUCUCUUGUCUGCAGGCUAAAUUACUCGAGGAAAAACACCGUUCCACGACUCUCUGCAUCUCUUUAUGUGCCCUCAAUUACUGCCAAGAGGCGUUAAAACGCUUAGACACUGUAUUAAAGUUUAUGAUGAUGAUGAUGAUGAUGAUGAUGCAAUUGUAACUCCGCUAAGCUACCCUCUGUUUCAAAGAGUUUUGCCUAGUGCGUCUCUCUUAAGUUCUAGCUCUCUGAAAUUGCGCCCUUUGUGUUUAAAUGUUUCCAUUUCUGACGAUUAAAUCCUCUCGGUACAUUUUUUAGGAUACCCUGGAAACCCUUCGGCCGCUACAGUUUAUUCUAAAGUCGCUCCAAGAGAUAUACCACGAUUCUGAGAGAAAUUUCGCUCUCGGAAAUGAAAGUCUGGUUGCGCACCGGAAAUGGGCGUCGUCCUCAGACCUUGUGACUGACCAAGAGAAGAACAACAUAACGCUCACGCCAGUUUCACAAAUAAGGAUCAUGAAAUCACCCAGACGCAACCAAAAUACAUCGAAUGAGAGCAAACCGGAGGCAAAUCUUGUCUACAAUGGUAGUUCACCGACCCCGCCUCCGCCAGAUAGUCUGACAGUGUCUCGCUAUGAUAAUUCGAUUCUGUCUCCCAUCUCCGAUGUUGAUCCUCCUAGUUUAUCACCGAGGAAACGAGUAUCUUACCGUGAUGAUGUACACAGCAGUCUUCGUCGCCGGUCUUAUCGGAGGGCGAUUGCCUCAGAUGAUAAUACUGAUCAAAAUUCACUUGAACGUGACCAAAGUUCUUCGGAAAGGCCUCCCACGCCGCCCAAAAAGUCGGAUUCGCAACGUCGGUCUCGCGUGGAAGCGCCUCAAAUUGUUACAAAUGUGGAUGCUGAUCGCGCUGGUGAAACUCGGGUAGUUUACCAGGGAGAUAAGUCAAGUUCAAACAGUCUCAACCGGUCAGCAGAUAGCACCCAUAAAAAACAGCUAAGGGCUGUCCCUGAUUCGCGACAAAGAUACGGUAACAGUGUGGUCUCACCUCGAAGAUCUCCGUCUGGCAACAACCCUUCGAUGACAACAGAUCAAAGUCGGACUUCCUCUCUCAACAGAACGUCGCCUCCUAUUCCAACAACUCCCAAACCGUCUCCAUAUGCAUCUACCGAUUCUCUGAGGAGGUCAUCUGGCGAUAAAGACGCUUAUUCGUCAUCCUCUUCACCUCGUUCAUCCCCCAGAUCAUCACGCACAAGUGGCAGUGCAACGAAGUUCCUCAAUCCCGGUCACGUGGCUCGCAGUCCAUCGCGAACCAGCAGCAGUUCCAGCGGAAGCGAGGAGAGUUGGCACAGUGUGGCUAGCAGCGUGGAAGGAACUGGAAGAAGAAGGGUGCGAAAGAUGCCUCGGACACCAAGUCCAACCGGGUAAGUGUCACAUUAAAAGCAAAAUGACAUUUAUAUACCCCAAUUACCACUAAACAAUUUCAGCAUUUUUCAGUGGAGAUACCGCAACGGCCGCGUCGGCGGGUUGGUUUUUCAGUGCUGUGUUGAUGGAAUUUCUUUGAGCACGAACAUAGGUCUUACGGGAGCACUCCUUUAUCAAGGGGGUUGGUUGGCAGAAUUUGGUGGUUCGGUUGGGUUUCGGUUAUUAAAAUUUUUGGAAGAUUAUGUCAAAGAAUGGGUUGUGAAUUUUUUGCGCACUACAGAGAUAAGGUUGGGAAUAUUUUGUAGACAUAUCAACGGGUUAUCAUCAUCCACCACUCCCACCCGGUUCAUGAUAUAUGUAAGACCCCUGAUAUGUCCUUAUAUUUAAGUCCCUCGAAGGAAAAGUUUCUUGAACUCCAAGCAAUUUCUUUUCUUCUACAAACAAAAGCAAGCUUACGUCUCGUGAAAAGAAGGCCAAGAAGUGUACUUAAUUAAUAAAAUGCCGUAUGCUCCUUUUUAUUAGUUUUUCAAUUUUUAUGAAUCAUUUGGAAAAACUCACAUUAAGUGUACAUUAAAAGUCAAUAGCUUUGACCUCAGUUCUUGUUAGGGUAAGUGUUCUGUAAGUGUUUCGGACGGUCUUGGGAUUUUAUAAGUGGACGGCAGUUGAAACAUCUGCACAUGUACUCCAAUACCCUUUAGAUUUAGUAAAGGAGUUUGAUGUUGCAAAAACAAAUCUCACUUGUUCUUUCCUGGUCGUAUCCGAUCCCUACUUAAAUAUGAUCGUAUUCGACUUAUUUCUGGUGCCGCUCGAGUUCAAUUCUUGAGCUUCUAUGACCUGAAUACGAAAACCGUAAGUGCAGAUGAACUCUAUCAUGUAGAUUUUUUACGAUCAUUAAAUUGCUUUACUAUUCAGAGGGUUAAGUGAGUGUUACUGGUAGAAGUUAUUUAUCAAACCCCUUCAGGUUUCAAUAAACCAAGCAUUUCUUGUUUGUUCCGCAACCUUUCGAAUGCAGAUCAAUUCUUGUUGCUUUGGAAGAUAAACAAAAGACAGCUUUUGCAAAAUACAAUCAAAUUGCAUGUAAUCUCUUCGAUUACGCCUUUCAAGCUCAACCUGCAGCCUAUCAAAACGACAAUUUCUAUUUUACGUCUUAUUUUUCAUGAUUAAUUUUCUAUUUUGUAACAGUACAAUCUGGGAGAGAAUGCCACCGAGGAUAGGGACAGAAGAUUUUGAGAAUGGCCAUGACGUCCUUCAACCGAAAACAGUCGCAGAGGUAAGGCUGAAACAACUCUUUCUAUCUCUUGAUGCAAAUAAUAAUAAAUGUUCAAACUUGACAUAUGAUGUAUUUUGAGUCGAUGUUUUGUUCUAGUUUAUGGAUUUUGGGUAUGCUCCUUUUAGCUAAAAUUUCCUUUCUUUAUAGCUUCGUUCUGAGUCAUAAUAGUUUUGAAACACAAUAGUUCACGCAGAAAUCAAUUUAUUGUUGUUGAUGUCAAUGGAAGCGCAGGAAAGUUUUUAUAUCACCCUCUUUCGCCUAACCCCGCUGAAACAACAACAACAUAAAAAACACGUCGAAUUCCUACGUCGAAUGUCAAGUUCAUUGUAUCAUUAUUUUUGUCACUAAUUUCCUACUCUGUGAAGAAGUUGAUGUUAGCAACUCGAGAGAUUUCAAGAAUACAUCUUUCGUUACCCUUCUUUCAGUAUGAACAAGAGCUCAGUGACCUUCGUGAGGAGCUGCUGGAGACAAAAAGGAAUCUAGCUUCGACACAUGAGCAGUUAAUUUUACAGGAAUCCAGCACACAUAAGCUGGUUGCUUCCUUCAAGGAAAGACUCGCCGAGAGCGAGAAGAGUCUUCAGAAACUGCGUGAAGAAAAGGACAAAGAAAUGAAGGAGUUGCUUGAUCGCUUGGUGAGCGUUGAAUCUGAGCUUCGCAAAGAACAGAAGGAAAUGCAAGAAGUGAUUCAAGCCAAGCAGGUCAUUGUCGAAGCUCAAGAGAGAAGAAUCAAGUCAGCCGACUCGAGCAAUGCAAAGUUGAUCGCUACCUUAAACCAGAUUAGAAGUUCACGAAAUAACAGCAAACUACUAAACUAUCCGAGUAGUGACCUAUGAGAAAAUCGUUUUCGCGAAACCUGCGGUUUUCCUUAAACAGAACACCUUAAGGAAAUAUCCUUUGGAUAUUUUUAAGUUGUACAACAUUGUAGGUUAAUUCUGUUCUCAGUGUAAACCAGUAAUCAGCUUAGGUUAUCAGGGUUGGGACCCUUGGCAAAAAGCUUACCAUAAUAUUGAUUUACAUAGUUGUUUAUCCUUAAAAGGGAUUCAACUACAACAUUGACACCUUGUUGCCUUGACGGGCUGCUUGAAGUGUCCGGCAUUAGUCACACCGUUGCUCAAGUAGAACAAAUGAAAAGAUAAAUUAAAAGGAACGCUCUAUACUGUAGCUCAAGACGAUUCCCCUUAAACCCAUUCAAUGGAUGAUAAAAACGUCCCUAAAAGCUUAUUCGAGGCAGAGGAUAUGCCGGUUCAGUUUCUAAUUUCUAUUUAACUUUUAAGGUAGAUUUUGCACGUUUUUAUGAACGUAAAAUACUUUUUGUCUUAAAAAGAAAUGAGGGCAAAGAGAGCUGUUUUGUAUUUCUUUAUAUAAACUGGUUUUGAUAGUCAAUAUCUAGAAGUACUUUGUUGAGGUAAGUUCAUGGUAAAGUAAAACUUAUCCGAAAUUUAAGGUUUAAAUAUGAGCAAACAUCUUUUAGGAAGUUUUUUUCGAGCGCAGUCCAUAAACUGUUUUUUGCGCAAGCUCUCGGCGCGAAGAUUUGUGGGAUUGUUUUGAUGGACAAGUUUUGUAAAGUCAUGAUUAUUCGAUGGUAUCCUAGGGAACCAAUAACCAAUAAAAACUAACGCUUUUCCACUCAACUGAUCCCUUAUUCGCCCUACAGUUUAAAGAGUGGCAAAUGUUAUUUAUUGUUAUCAUUAAUUUUUUAUCAUUGUCAUUAUCAUUAUUGAUAUUAUUAUUAUUGUUAUGAAGUUAUCAUGCGGUUUUGAAUUUUGAUCUGUUGCUUAUAAAGGAUCAGAAUUUAAGUCUUGUAUAAAUUAAUUUCUAGCGAAGCAAGUUUUCAUAACGAUAAAAGAUAACGACAUUGUGUUAAAAAAUAGAGCUCGUCAAUACUGGUGAAUUAUUCAAGAUUUUGAUUGAAACGUAAGAAUAAUCUGACUUUUAAAAUAAGUAGCCAUUCUUUUGUAGUGCAGUGAUUUUAGAAACUCCUUUAAAAAAAGCUGCUGACCUAUCGAGUUUUAAAGGAUUUUUAAAAUCACUCUGAGAGUUUAAUUAUUAUUUAUUAACACAAAUUAAGACUUUUCUUUGAUUCUUUUUUGUAUAAGAUAUAUUGUAAUAUUUCCAUGCCCCGAGGUUAAGGGUAUAAAAACCGCCAACUUUGGUGAUAUAUAUCAUUCAUAAACAUGUAAUAUUUUAAAAGGGAAAUAGAAAAUGGAACAAAUUAGAAUACAAUGUGAAAAAAGGAAGUAAAAUUUAUUACUAUAACGGGGGUAGUUAUACAUACCAUCCCUCUUUAAAUUAUGUAGUGAUACUGCAUUUGGCUACAAUUAAUUACAUUCGAAAGUAAUUGAAACAUGAAUAAAAAGUGAUGAAAAAUGG